GCGAGUUCCGACACACUCCACGGAGGAUAACAGGCAACGUGUGGUGUGAAAGAAAACAGCAAGGCUGUAGAAAAGAGUUGAGAAGUCUUUGUUUGUUGUUGUGUUUGAAAAAAUGGCUGUUCGACGAGCAUCGCAUUCUGGAAGCUGGUAUUCUGAUUCUGGAAAAGAACUUGGACGACAGCUGGAAGGAUGGUUAAGUGCAGCUGAUCUAUCGCAUGGUCCUGCCAGGGCUAUUAUUGCUCCGCAUGCAGGUUACCAGUAUUGUGGAGCUUGUGAGGCUUAUGCCUAUCGGCAAAUUAGCCCUGUUGUUGUACAACGAGUUUUCAUUUUGGGACCAUCACAUCAUGUUCGACUCGCUGGUUGUGCUUUAUCAUCUGCAACAAAAUAUCGUACACCUUUGUAUGACUUGAAAAUAGAUUCACAGAUUUAUUCUGAAUUGGAGAGCACUGGCCACUUUGAGAGAAUGAACAUGACUGUAGAUGAAGAUGAGCAUAGUAUUGAAAUGCAUCUGCCUUAUAUUGCAAAGGUCAUGGAAGACUACAAAGAUAAGUUUACUAUCGUUCCUAUACUGGUAGGGUCACUGUCUCCUGAGAAAGAAGCACUGUAUGGCAGAAUUUUGGCUAAAUAUCUUGCAGACCCCCAAAACCUUAUUGUUGUCUCAUCUGACUUUUGUCAUUGGGGUCAGCGGUUCCGCUACACAUUCCAUGAGCGUUCUUGGGGUCAGAUUUAUCAGUCAAUUGAAGCUCUUGACCGGAAAGGAAUGGAUAUAAUUGAAACUCUCAAUCCAAGUGCUUUUACCGAAUAUUUGAAGAAGUAUGGCAAUACAAUUUGUGGGCGUCAUCCAAUUGGAGUUCUACUACAAGCUGCAUCACAUCUUACCAAAGAGGGUGGUUUGAAUGGGCAGAAACUUUCAAUGAAGUUUUUACAGUAUGCUCAAUCCAACCAGUGCUGCAACAUGAGUGAUUCUUCAGUCAGCUAUGCAUCAGCUGCAUUGGUAUUUGAGUAAAUUGUUGGGAGUGAGCAGAGCAAAUUGUGUGUUGGUAUUAUUUGUGAAAAUUGGAACUAAUCAAAAGAGGCUGUCUCACUGCCAUCAGUUUCAUUUUUCAACUUAAGCCCUGCAACAGUCAGUGGGUAGUGUUUUCAUGUACUAAUAUUGUUAGUUUUGUAAGGAACAAAGAGUUCAUAUUGGCUGUGUCUAGUGACUUUUGUCCUAGCAAUUUCAAAACUGCAGUGCAAAUGUUAUGUUGUUCAUAUUUUUAAUAUGAUUUUACAACCUUGUAUCUUGUAAGAUUAUCAAAUCAGAGAGCUUACAUUUUUUUUCCAAGUCUGUGCAUCAUACAUGAUGAAGUAAAGAAGACCAGCCUUAAUGAGCAGUCAGUCUUCAAUGCUGGCUUUGUGGUAAAGGGUCUUUUUGAGAAGUAAAGACUGUUGUUGUAGAGAAAAUUCAAUUGAAAAUGUUAUCUUUUCAACCUUCAAAUUUGUUACAUUUAUAUUUUUAUUUUAAUUGAGUGAUAAAUUUCAUUUUCUGGUAACCUUAACUCAGAUCUUUUUAGCCAUUUACACAUGAUUUUCAAUAUUUCGGAAGUUUUACUUAUAUUACAACAACUGUGGUCUGUAUCUCCUCUUUUUAUUCCUGCUGUUCUGAGAAGCUGGAGAGAUUAUUCCAAAGGUGUAUUCUACACAUGAUGUAUACUACAAUAACGUAGGUAAAUUAUUAUGCUCAGCAGUUUCGCUUAAUCCUAAUUGGCUUUUAUGAACCUGUGAUUUUUAUGUUACAUUUUGUUUAAGACUGUUGAAAACUUACUAGCCAUGCUCAGAGCCACCACAAGUUUGAUCUGAACUAUACUAUCACACUGUGUUUUAGACAUUAGGAAACUACAUGCUUAUUAAUUUUCUUGAUUCAUGUAGUUCUCAAGAGAAAUAUUUUGCUCUGAGUUUGGUUUGUAAGUCUUGAUUUUAUUCAUACUGUUCCCACUCUGCAAAUGAUUGUGAUGUUCAGUGUAUUUCUCAGUAAAUGUAUUUAUAUAUCAAUAUAUCUCUCUAUGAUUUAAGGGCCAGCCGUCCUUUGCUCAUUAUGUGAACUGUAUUUUGUCUGUUGACAAGUUUCAAUCGCAUAAAACUUUUAGUGUAGCAGUUGACCUAAAACUAAUAUACCUAGUUUUUCUUUUGAAAAUUUUGUAAGUAGUUUUGUGUUGUGUUUCUGCUGUGAUCUCAAAAGAAACAACUAGAUCCGAAAAUUUGAUUGAAAACUUAUUGUGUGAGUUCAUACAAUGUGUAUAAUGUCAUAGCAUCAACUUUUAUUUUGUAGCUCAUGCCCUCAAAUAUACACGUCUAUGAAAAAGAA